CCAGAGCGCGAGCCCCGCGCCCGCCGCUGCCUUCGCCUCCGCCUCCGCCUCCGCCGGUGCCUCUGCGCGGCUCUCGGCUGGCCUUCCGCCCGGGAUGGCGCUGCUCUCCGCGGGGCUCCCGACGCCCAACUUGACGCGCGUCAAGAUCCGCCCGCACGGCUGCGGCAACGGGGCGCUGCUCGACCGCUUCGGGGUCUUGGUCCAGGCGCUGCUGGCCCUAGUCGCCUUCAGCACGCUCAUGCUGAAACGAUUUAAGGAGCCGAAAGAAGAGAGGCGACCUUGGAGAAUAUGGUUUUACGAUACCUCGAAGCAAGCCAUCGGCGCCCUCUUCAUCCACUUUGCCAAUAUCUUCUUGUCGGACCUUACCGAAGAAGAUCCUUGUUCUCUCUAUUUGAUGAAUUUCAUCUUGGAUGCCAGCUUGGGAAUGCUCUUGAUCUGGCUCGGAGUGAAGAUGGUCUCGUGGAUUGUGGAAUGGUGCAAAUGCACCUAUCUUGUCUUUGGCGAGUAUGGGGACCCACCCCAGGCAGCUGCUUGGAUCGGUCAAUGCCUUCUCUACUUGCUCAUAAUGAUCUUUGAGAAAACCACAAUUGGUCUUGUCUUACUCAUUCCUGGUUGGACAAAGCUUCAAGAAAUCCUUCUGGAUUACAUCCCUUCUCCCCAGCUGGAGCUGGUAUUGGUGAUGCUCGUGGUUCCUUUCAUAGUCAACGCUCUCAUGUUCUGGGUUGUCGACAGUUUGAUCAUGAAAAAAUACAAGGAGAAGGAAAAGCUGGAGGUCAGUGACGUGAUGGAAUAUCCACCAGCUUUGAAAGAUGACGAAUUCCAGGUCCUGCUUUGUCCCACUUUGGACUUUGACCGUUCCAGAAGCGACGUAGACCUGUCGGCAUCUCUCCUCCAAAGCAGGAGCCCAAGCUUAAGAUGCUGAGAGUAUCAAGUGGUCUUUCAACAAAGAUUUCUAGCGGAGCAAAGACAAAAAAUUAAGGAACUUCAUUUCGGAGACCACACCGGAUGGAGAGAUUGUAAAACGUGACCCACUGAAAUAUCCUAAGCUGGCCUGCUCCUGUGACCUGUUGCAUUUGGACAGCCUCUUAAUUUAACCUGUUGCAUUUGGACAGUAAUUUUUUUUUUUGGUGGGGGGCGGGGAAUAUGGUGCUGGGGUUAUUUGGGGAGCUAAAAUUUCAUUUUUGGUUGUCUCUUGCCCUGCUGAUUCCGGUUGAACCAUUUGUUGUGGCUGGCCGGCUGGUGAUAGUUUCUGAUUGAUUCUGCAUCGUAGCACCUUUUAAAAAAAGAAAGAAAUCAAAAAUAAGAAUCAAGAUGAUUUGCCUUCUGCAAACUUGUAUGACACACAAAAGCACAGACCACUCGCAAAUAUAUCCUGAUUACAAAAACUAUUUAAAAACCCUUGCUGUCCAGCCUUAUUUACUCUUUUUUUUUUUUUACUCCUCUUUUGUAAGCAU